AGAGCUUAAAACAUGACGGGACAAGGAGGACACACGAGUGUGUCUCGUGAGCUUUGCGCAGGGAGGAUUAGAGAGGGGAGAGAGACGGAAGGAACGCCAGAAGACGGGAAAAGACACACAGCCAGCAUCACUGACCCAGAGAGAGACGGGUAACCGAGUCUGGAGGGCGAGAUCUGACUGCAUUGAGGAUGUCUGUGAAUGGGACCAGCGAUCUGGGUAACGACUCCUUCUCCUGCUACCAUCCCAGCGUGGUGGGGUACCGCUACUUUGGGGUGCUGUGGGGCUCCUUGGUGGUGGUGGUGGGCACGGUCGGCAACGUGCUGACGGUGCUGGCCUUCGCGACGGACCGGCGCCUGCAGACGCGCUUCAACGUGCUGAUCGUCAACCUGGCGGUGGCCGACACCCUGUACUGCGCGGUGCUACAGCCCACCAGCGUGGACUCCUACCUGCACCUGCACUGGCGGGGGGGCGCCAGCUGGUGCCGCAUCUUCGGCCUGCUCCUCUUCCUCUCCAACGCCGUCUCCAUCCUCACGCUGUGCCUCAUCGCCGCCGGGCGCUACCUGCUGAUAGCCCGGCGGCCCGUGUUCGAGCGCGUCUUCUCGCGGCGGGGCCUGGCGCUGCUCCUACCUGCCACCUGGGGCCUGGCGCUGGCCAGCUUCGGGCCCCUGUGGCCCGUCUACGUCUUCGCCCCCCAGGUCUGCACCUGCAGCUUCCACCGCACCAGGGGGCGCCCUUACACCACCAUCCUGCUCUUCUUCUACUUCUUCUUCAGCCUGGGCUGCGUGGGGCUCUUCUACUUCUUCAUCUACCGCAAGGUGCGGGUCGCCGCGCACGCCCUGGACAAGUACCGGCUCAGCCGGCGCUCCAGCCGGAAGCGCGCCCCGCCGGAGGCGGACAGCGGCGUGGAGAGCGGGAGCGCCACUCACAGCACGGAAAUCAGCGGCCACGGCCCGGGCAAGGCGGAGACGCAGAGCGCGGACGCCAGCGGGACCCCGCGGCAUUGUCCCGACAAGCCCGGGAGCCAGCUGCCAGGCACCGCCGCCUCUACCCCCACCGCCCACCAAUCACAGGAAGCCCCCAGCAGGAAGUCAGGAGUCCCCACUUACGUAGCGUCCACCCCUACCCCAGCCCCGGCCCCAGCCUCGGCCCCCAACCCGGCCGCCUCCUCCCCCGGGGAGGACGGGGAGUUCAAGCGCGUGACCCGGAUGUGCUUCACGGUCUUCCUGUGCUUCGUGUUCAGCUUCGCCCCCUUCCUGCUGCUCAACAUCCUGGACGCCCGCAGCCGCGCCCCGCAGGCGCUGCACAUGUUCUGCGCCAACCUGACCUGGCUCAACAGCUGCAUCAACCCCGUGCUGUACGCUGCCAUGAACCGGCAGUUCAACCAGGCCUACCGAGCCCUGCUGGGGGCCGCGCUCCGGCCGCUCGCCUGCCUCUGGAGGCCCAGACACUGAGGGCCCCUGCCCAGUGAAGUCGGAGCAUGGUGAAGCUCUCCCACGAUCUACACUGUGACCUCUAGUCACGCGCGGAUCUGUCCGGCAGAUCCGCCGUGUUGCCAGUUCUCAGGUGUGCACUGGGCACUGGACCUUUUCUUUCCACUAAAAUGUGACGACACCGCCGUAUCCAGGGAGUUUCCGUGCAAAGCAGGCACUGCCUGACUGUUUGCUAUAGAUGUAUUCAUUUUUAAACAAGCAUAACUGCUUUGCUGCUUGUAUGUACUGUAUGCGUUACUCUCUGUUAGCCCGGGAAACGUUUGUACUGUAGAAAUGUGAUUCUCGCUCUCAUGUCUCUUGUCUCUUGUCUCUAUGGGCCUGUGUUUUUAGCAGGAUGUUUACUGUGUGGUUCUCCUUCCCCUCUCCGGGACAGGGGGUGAUGUUGUCCUGAAGCCUGUUAUGCCUUAGAAAAGCUGGAGCAAAGCAGAUCUUGAGCGACGCGGGGCUGAGCUGCUUGUGUUGGGCUGCAGUCCUGAGGGUCGUGCAGGGUCACUUUAAAUCUCUAUGAGAUUCAGGCCCGGAGACGGUGCUUCAUCUGCUCCCUUCAGCAAUUAAUUGGUUCAAUUAAUUAUCCAAGCACUCUGCUGAAAUGAAACCAUGAAACCUCUGUAGUCAUAACCCCAUAAAUAUUAAUGUACCGUGUCCUUUAGCGUGUGCCUUUGACAGGCGUAGUCUCUCCAUGUGGCAGUAUAUAUAUACAUUAUAUAUAAGCAUGCAUAUACAUUAUGAACAGGCAGCUCUACUCCUCAGGGGCCAUGAGGUCCAGUGAUUUUCACUCCACCUCUGAUCUUAAUUACUUAUUUGAAAGAAAGCUAAACCAUUAGGGUUUUUUUUACAUUGCAGUUGUUCUUCUCCUGAAAAUCACCUGUAAAUUUAACUUGUGAAAAGCGUAUGGCUUUGGAAAUGGGAUAAACAGGCAAACCGUCAAACCUUUAAUCGGAUCUGUUAAAAUGUUAAAACACCUGCUGGACUAUGGACACCAAGGUCCAGGUUGGUGAACCCAAGUGUACACUGGCCAUACUGUAGCCACAGACAGUACAGUGUGUACAUUCAGGCGAAUGGGAUUGUCUUAGCUGAAGGCCUGGAUAAUUGUUUACUUAGUUGGCUAAGUGUUCUAUAGCAUGUCUGUGUGCAAAGCAGAUGAUGGGUAUUAUCUGGAACAGGUGACUCAUUAAGAGAGUAAUUAGUUAACAUCUUUAUUAGGGAUGUUCUGGAUGACUUGGUGGGAAAUCAGCUGGGGAAAGAGCGGUACAGUCAUGUCUCUGAGUAGACAGUGGCAUUAAAAUCAGAUUAAAAUCUUUGAGGAAGUGAGGGUCUAUUAGAAAUGUGUUACUGUAUAUGGCUCAUUUGGUUUGGUUGUUUAUUGUUGCACUGCAGAUUGUGUUAGGGUAUUUGCCUUUAUGUAAUAAAAACGGUCUGUGUGCUAUGAGGGAUAAGUGCCUAGAAGAAUGACUGAAGAGGCUUUGGAUGAAUGAUGUUCCAUAGGACUUCAGGCCAAAACAAGUUUUGAUGCUUAGACAAUUACUUUCCCACCUAGGAUUACUUUUCAACAGUGUAUUUCAAUGGACAUUUCAACAAUGAGUAACUAAAGACCACUUUCUUAUGAACUUCAAUCUAAAACAGUCUGUGACUGUGUUUGUUUCUUCAGGGGAAUGGCUGACUUCUCUUUAAAUACAAAUGUUCCAUGUAUCUAAUUAGCUAAAACAUGCCUCUUUAAUAUAUCUAUAAAAAUUGCCUUUGUUAAAUACAGAAGUUAUAAAUACUUGCAUUACUGACC